AUGUACGAAAAGGUCUUAAUUCUCUAUCAUACCUCUAACAACAAAUUCAAACAGCAACAACAACAACCAUCAGCUGGCUCUCGAAUGCGCUCCGAUUCACUCUCUUCCACCUUCCGUCUCUAUCAACAACCACCUCCUUCUUCUUCUUCUUCCUUGUGGACGAUGCGUGGACAUCAGGACGGUCAAUAUGAACACUCGUUGUGGUUGGAUUUGUACUCGGAGGAGGUGAUGGCCGAUGGAGGAGGAUCCAACAACAACAACCUCAACAACACAACCAACAAUUCCAACACUUCAAAGAGUGGUAUUACUAUUAGAAAUGGAUCUGUUCAUCACCAUGAUGAAAUGAUCUAUGGAGGACAAGUAUUGGCUUUGAAAGAGUAG